AGAAAUCGAUUAAUUGCGCAAGUGUGGCAUAUUGUUUACACAAAAAAAACAAAAUACAAAAACAUGUCUUACAUUUUUAGUUUGGCUCUCUUUAAAUUCUAGUGAUACUAAAAAAUACGCCGGUUUAGUUCAAAAUUAAUCCAGUGAUAAUUGAAAAUGGACCGUUCCGCUACAGAUCAUAGUGAUUCUGAUUCUGGAGAUAGUUGGACUCUGAUUGAGAAUAGCUCUACAUACGCUGAUGAUGCGCUCGAAGUACCUGAUCAUCCAACUCAAAGCACCACAGCAGAACAUCACGAUAGAGAUGAAGACACUGAUGGAAUAUCUAUAAUCACUGAUAGUGAACCAGAGUCUUCUUCACCGUGUGAAAUAAAUUAUGAACAUUACCUUAUAGAAGAAAAUUUGGCACCGGAACAUCAUAUUCCACAAUUUAUGACAGUAAAUUCAGACUUGCACGAUAUUAAAAACCACAAUGAUUCUAAAAAGGAAGAUGAUGAUUUUCUUGGGGACAGAGGGGAAAAACAUAAGACGUAUGUACAUAGGCGAAAUAAAAGAUUGAGCACAGUACUUAACAUAAUAAUGUUGGGUAGUGUGAUAACAGCUGCAGGUGUAGCUAUUGGACACAUGUGGGGUGCUAAAACUGACUGUUCCAUGCAAACUUCUCCAAAUGUGAAUAAAAUUUUGUCUAAUCUGUAUAAACUACAAGAAGAAAAUGCUUAUUUAUGGAAUAAAAUAAAGGAAUUGACAGCUUUAAAUAAUUUCCAGAUGAAUCAACAAAAAACCACGUUGAAACAAAAUAAAUGUAAGAAAAUAUUUGAAGAACCAUUGAUAAAUAAUGACAGUAAGAAAGUUACAAAAUGUGUUGAUGGUAAAUUUAUAAAUGAUGACAAAUUACUGAAUAAAGACAUGGAUAAAGGCACUCAUGAAAAUAAAUUUUCAAUUAAUAGGAAAAAUAAAAAUACCUACCAAGAAAAUAAAAUGUGGUUAGAUGAUGAGAUUUUGCAACCACCUAAUCAGAAUAGUUUAAAAAAAUGUAAUCCCCAGCAUAUUUCUAAAUCUAUAAAACACUAUCCCAAAAAUGAAAAUAAAGAUAAUUACUCAAAUGAAAUAAUUGACGUUAAUGAAAAUAGUCAAAACGGACAAAAAAAGUCUGAAGAAUAUCUAAAUGAAACAAAAGACUUAAACGAUGCAGCAGAUGCACUAAAUUAUAAUGUGAAUGUAAAAACUUUCAAUAAUAAAGAGAGUGAUCUUUUUAAAUCAGGAUAUAGGUAUUUAAAUGACAACAAUAAGUUACUCAAAAGACCAUAUACUACUGAAAAAGAUUUUUCUUCCAAUAAUGUAGAUAAACAUUUAAAUGAAAAUAAUAAAGAACAGUUUCAAAAAUAUAAAAAAUUUCAAGGAGAAUAUGGUUAUGAAUAUGAUUUUUCAAAUAAAGGAAAAAAUACUAAAAAUAAUUUAAAUGAGGAAUAUAAUUUGUUUAAUGACUUCAAGCAUAAAAGACAUCAAAACAUAAAGAAAAGAGAAAGUAAUAGAACAUUUAAAGUAGAAAUGAAAGAUAUCAAUUUAAAUAAAAUAUCAGAAGAUAAAUUUGGUACUGAAGAGGAAUUUUUAAGUAGUAUAAAAGACAAAAAACAAAAGAAAAAGGACCUAAAAAGUAAAAACAAAGUUUUUAAAAAAAAAUGUCGAGAUUGUGAUAAAGAAAAAACAACUGAAGAAAAGGAAUUUGUUAGAAAUUUUAAAGAUAAAACCCAAAAAAUUGUUGGUAAAGAUGAGAGUAACAAAGCAUUUAAGCCAGAGUAUACAAUUUUGAAGAAAAAUAAUACUCCACGCGACGAAAAGGAUACUGAAGAUGAAAUUUUAAGAAACGUAAAAGAUAGCAAUAUUAAAAAUGAUCAUAAAAUAGAAGAUAAUAAAACAGUUCAUAAAAAAAACAAAGGAAACACAAAAUAUAAAAUCCUAAACGGAAAAUACGACACUGCAAAGCAAGAUAUGGAAGAUAAAAAACGUAAUGACAACCAAAAUGAAGAGCAGACAUGUGAAAUAAAUACUAAAAGUUUAUACACUGAAAAUCCUCAAGGCGAAUUGUAUACUAAUAAAGAAUCUUUAACCAGUACCAAUAAUAAAAACAUAAAAGAGAACAUUGAGAAAGAUUUAGCGAAAAGUAAAGAUUUUGAUUGGAAUGAAACACCAAAGAACGAAAACGAUAGCAAAAAAAAAAUGCAAACUAAACGUAAUGAUUUUAUUUACGAUAAAAAAGCAAAUGAAGAAGACUAUUAUCGAAAAGACAUCAGUGAUGAAGACCUAAAAAAGGAUAACAGAUACAUUGGUCAAAAACAGAAAGAAGAAAGAAAAAAAUAUGAUCGUCAACAAUCGCAUAAAAAAGUCAAAAGAAGGAAUAAGUAUGAACAAUGGGAAAUGAAAGGCGGGCUAUUCAAAGAUUAUGAUGAUAUUUCAAUGACGUCAUCUCAAGAAAAUAUUUAUUUGCCUCAUGAACCAAAUUUAAAAGGCGACCAAACCCGUACACGUCAACUAGAAGAUCAGUCUAUUAUUAACAAUAUCGCUAAUGCAGCAGAUAACCAAAAUCAUGACGUUAAUGAUAAGGAUGAAGACGAUCAAGUAAACUGGUUAGACAAAAGAGCGAAAUUUCGUACAGACGCAAGGCAAAGGCUUGAGCAGGAGUCCCUUGUUAAGAAUGGUGUCAACGCUGCUGGUUGGUAUUUUCGACGAAUGCGUAAACGUGAGCAAAGUCGUGGAAAAAGCGAUAACAGCACUUAUCGAAAAUUAUUAAAACGUAAAUAAUAAAUGUUACUAUAUAAUAAGAAAAUUCGUCGUAUUACUAGAUCAUUAAGGUUCAAUUAGAUACAAUGCUUUUAUAAAAGCAUUUAAAAGGAUACGAAAUUUGCGUAACUAAAAUAGUAACUGUAAUUUUUAGAUACAUAUUCGCAAUUUUUUACAGGGAUACCAGGAGAGUGGGUGUGAUAAAAGAUUAUUAUUUUUUUAGACAAGUUUCAA